AUGUCAUCCCCUUCUAAAAAGACCCCACUAGGCAUCAUCUUCAAGAAUGAAAAUGUCAAUGAAGAAAUGAUAUCAAUUUUACAACAAUUCCAUACAUAUCUCCCCCAAACUGGUGAUAUGCAGUAUGACAGCCAAAUUUUUACUAGUGACCAGCUUACAGUAGAAAGAGCAGUCAACACCAUAGCAUCUGUGUGCAAUGGCUAUACUGCUGAAGACCGAUUGAAAGGGAUAAACAUGCAGAUUGCUGAUUGGCAUGCUGGUGUAAAGAUACUGGAUCUGAUAUAUCAUCGAUUCUACUCAGCUCAGUCUGAUGCCAACCACUGUACAAUGUACUCGGAUAGGAGUCUCAUAAACCGAAGAAAUGUCACGAAUGACACCCAUUCUAAUUAUCGUGCCAAUAAAGAUUUCUUUCUGCUUAUAUUGCAAUCCAGAAUCAUUUUAGCAGCAAUGAAAGUGCUGGGCCUUUAUUCCAAGGAGAGUCAACCAUCUUUGUUCAACAUUCCAGCUGAUAUUGCAAGAAAAACAAAUAUCCAAAAGCUUGCAAUAUUGCAUGAAGCUGCAGGAAUUGUGGUUGACCAGUAUGUUUUUGCUGAAAACAACAUAAACAAGCUAAUCAAUGAUGUCAUAACAGAACAAGAGUGACAAGAUAUACAAGACAACCAACAUCUGACUCCUGAUGGUCGCUUUCCCUGUAGAUUUCCAGGUUGUAACAAGUCUUUUAUAUAUGAUGGGAAGAGCAACAAAAAGCAUGAAGUGACUCAUGAUACACCUCCAGAUGUGAUUGAACCUCCUGUCCCAAUUUUAGAGAAACCAAAGAAAGAUUUGGAAGAGAAAGAUAUUGCAAGUGAUGWCAUGUUCUUCUACAACUCAGCACUAUUUGCUGAUGGUCUUUUUUUCCUGAAUUUCUUGAUGCUAUGUCUGAGGGAGAUGGAGACAGAAUAAUGCGGCAGUACAAAUAUAUGCUUAUGUACUGCAAAACAGACAAAAAGCACAGCACCAAGUA